AUGGCUUCUAUGUCACCAUGUACGAUUGAACAGGAUGUGCUUGAUGCAAUGAAAAAAUUUCGCCGGUUAUCGAACAAAUCGACUAUGGCAAUAUUAUUACGAUGUGAUAUGAAAACAAAUCAAGUUGUAAUCGACAAAGAAUUCAAGGACCUGAGUGUUGAAGCAUUAAUUGACGAAUUGCCAAGUCGUGAACCUCGUUUCAUUUUGCAUAGUCAUGAAUUAAAACAUGCCGAUGGCCGAAUUCAAUAUCCGCUCAAUUUAAUUUUAUAUAUUCCUGAUGGGUGUGGAACAAAUAAUCGUUUUACAUAUGCAUCAACAGCAAAUUCCGUUUCAGCUGCAUCAGGCAUCACUCGCAUAAUCGAAUUGCGUGAAGACAUAUCACCUGAAUGGCUCAGUAAAGAAUUACAGAAAACGUAUUAA